AUGCUUAUGCUAGGGCGGCAAAUACAAACACGUUUGGAUUUACUUUUGCCGCAAAAUGGUCAAGCGGAAUUCGGUAAGACACUACCAACAAAGAGGAUUGACAUAGGGGAAAGAGUAGCAGUACGCGAUUACCUGUCAAAGCCCAAAUGGAAAUUUGGAGUAGUUGAGGCAAAUAAAGGCGAUUUGCAUUAUAGUGUCAGACGUCGAAAAUGGACGAGACAUAUCGACCAAAUGCGAAGAUCAAGAGUAUCAAUCGACGAUACGCCGGAAGAUUCUUCUAAAGCAACAGGAAUGCUAGCGGGAGGUCCAGUUAGCGAACAAAUGGGAAGAGCUCAGAAUCAUUCAUUAUCGUCACAUCAGACUCCAGAUGCGGUCACAAAUCACUCAUCGCAAUCAUCAUCUCAACCACAUCAACCUGUCGAGGCACCACCUGAAGAAACACUUCGUGGAAAGGGCGGAGAAGAGGCUAACAAAAACCUACAGUCAGACACAUCACAAAAGCCGACAUCGACAACAACAACACUGGAAUCACCCGAGACCAUGCUGCGCCGUUCGCAAAGGCAACGUAAAAUACCAAAACGUUUAUUAUCAUAA